AUGUUCGGCUCCGUCUCACGCACACUCGGCUUCCUCGCUCGCACACCACUCAUUCAGCCACCAUCCGGUCCCGCCGCUAUGGAGCUGAGCAACAUGUCGGGUCCUUCCCGCAGACCACGAGCUGCCAGCCGGACCUUCUCCAACCUCAGCGUCCGGAGCGGAUACAAUGCGUAUGCGAUGGACGGACGGAGAGGCUAUGCAAGCGACAAGGGGCGGCAGGAGCUGUACUCGGACGAGACGGGCAGUCUUGGUGCAGGCAUUGACGACGUCGCACACACCGAUGCUGCUUUCGACAAGAACCCCGACCCAGAAUCAUCGGCCAAGAAGAUUGAAAAGGAGACUGGCAAAGACUUUACCAACAAAUCAUCUUCCAACCCAGACUACUCGAAGACCUCAGGCAAGCAGGGAGAGACGGGCGGCGAGAAUGCGUUGAACACGUCCAAGUUUGGGGACAAGAAGUAG